AUGCUCACCCCGUCAUUAAAGCGCAGUGAAGACGAUGAGCGCUUCGUGCUGCGCUGCCCCCCGGCCCCGCCCGCCAGCAUAGCGCGUUCCAGGAGCUGCGGCGCAGACCUGGGCCCUGCCCGCGCUGGAAUGCAGCCCCUGACUGCAGAUCAGUCCCUUCCCGCAGGCGGGUCAAGGUCCCCUUUGCUGGUUAACUGGCUUCUCCUGCUGGGUCACCACCCUCAGCAGCAGCAGGCAGAGGGGUCCCAGCACGGCCCUGGGGGCUCAGGCGGCGGCAGCCUGGGUGCUGACUCACAGGAGAGGCGUGACGGUGCCUGGGCCACCCCUUUCAUGACCCACACUGUCCUGCAGAUGCAUAACGGGGGGUGGGAGGGCAUGGGGCUGGCAGCAAAGGUCGGGCGUGUGGAGAAACGCGGCCAGAGCCAGCGCUUCGCCCACCACUGCUUUGGCGCCGUCAGAGGAACAGUGAAAGGGGCCCAGCCACCAGGACACCGUGAGAACCUCGGCCACCGGGACCAGGAGUGGCGUCGGGGGGGAAACGGACACCACAGCAAACUCAGCCCCCGUUCCAUCCAGCAACACGGGUACGGCCCCACAGUUCCACCCAGCAACACGGGUACGGCCCCACAGUUCCAUCCAGCAACACGGGUACGGCUCCACAGUUCCAUCCAGCAACACGGGUACGGCUCCACAGUUCCAUCCAGCAACACGCGUACGGCUCCACAGUUCCAUCCAGCAACACGGGUACGGCUCCACAGUUCCAUCCAGCAACACGGGUACGGCUCCACAGUUCCAUCCAGCAACACGGGUACGGCUCCACAGUUCCAUCCAGCAACACGGGUACGGCUCCACAGUUCCAUCCAGCAACACGGGUACGGCCCCACAGUUCCAUCCAGCAACACGGGUAUGGCUCCACAGUUCCAUCCAGCAACACGUGUACGGCUCCACAGUUCCAUCCAGCAACACGGGUACGGCUCCACAGUUCCAUCCAGCAACACGGGUACGGCUCCACAGUUCCAUCCAGCAACACGGGUACGGCCCCACAGUUCCACCCAGCAACACGGGUACGGCCCCACAGUUCCAUCCAGCAACACGGGUACGGCUCCACAGUUCCAUCCAGCAACACGUGUACGGCUCCACAGUUCCAUCCAGCAACACGCGUACGGCUCCACAGUUCCAUCCAGCAACACGGGUACGGCCCCACAGUUCCACCCAGCAACACGGGUACGGCCCACAGCUCCAUCCACCAACACGCGUACAGCCCCACAGUUCCAUCCAGCAACACGCGUACGGCCCCACAGUUCCAUCCAGCAACACGCGUACGGCCCCACAGUUCCACCCAGCAACACGCGUACGGCCCCACAGUUCCACCCAGCAACACGCGUACAGCCCCACAGUUCCAUCCAGCAACACGCGUACGGCUCCACAGUUCCAUCCAGCAACACGCGUACGGCUCCACAGUUCCAUCCAGCAACACGCGUACGGCCCCACAGUUCCACCCAGCAACACGCGUACGGCCCCACAGUUCCACCCAGCAACACGCGUACGGCCCCACAGUUCCACCCAGCAACACGCGUACGGCUCCACAGUUCCACCCAGCAACACGGGUACGGCCCCACAGUUCCAUCCAGCAUCACGGGUAUGGCUCCACAGUUCCAUCCAGCAACACGCGUACGGCUCCACAGUUCCAUCCAGCAACACGGGUACGGCUCCACAGUUCCAUCCAGCAACACGCGUACGGCUCCCCAGUUCCAUCCAGCAACACGGGUACGGCCCCACAGUUCCAUCCAGCAACACGCGUACGGCCCCACAGUUCCACCCAGCAACACGGGUACGGCCCCACAGUUCCACCCAGCAACACGCGUACAGCCCCACAGUUCCACCCAGCAACAUGCGUACGGCCCCACAGUUCCAUCCAGCAUCACGGGUACGGCUCCACAGUUCCAUCCAGCAACACGGGUACGGCCCCACAGUUCCACCCAGCAACAUGCGUACGGCCCCACAGUUCCAUCCAGCAUCACGGGUACGGCUCCACAGUUCCAUCCAGCAACACGGGUACGGCUCCACAGUUCCACCCAGCAACACGCGUACGGCUCCACAGUUCCAUCCAGCAACACGCGUACGGCCCCACAGUUCCAUCCAGCAACACGGGUACGGCCCCACAGUUCCAUCCAGCAACACGCGUACGGCUCCACAGUUCCAUCCAGCAUCACGGGUAAGGCUCCACAGUUCCAUCCAGCAACACGCGUACGGCUCCACAGUUCCAUCCAGCAACACGGGUACGGCUCCACAGUUCCAUCCAGCAACACGCGUACGGCUCCACAGUUCCAUCCAGCAACACGGGUACGGCUCCACAGUUCCAGCCAGCAACACGCGUACGGCUCCACAGUUCCAUCCAGCAACACGGGUACGGCCCCACAGUUCCACCCAGCAACACGGGUACGGCCCACAGCUCCAUCCACCAACACGCGUACAGCCCCACAGUUCCAUCCAGCAACACGCGUACGGCCCCACAGUUCCACCCAGCAACACGCGUACGGCCCCACAGUUCCAUCCAGCAUCACGGGUACGGCUCCACAGUUCCAUCCAGCAACACGGGUACGGCCCCACAGUUCCAUCCAGCAACACGCGUACGGCUCCACAGUUCCAUCCAGCAACACGCGUACGGCUCCACAGUUCCAUCCAGCAACACGCGUACGGCUCCACAGUUCCAUCCAGCAACACGCGUACGGCCCCACAGUUCCAUCCAGCAUCACGGGUACGGCUCCACAGUUCCAUCCAGCAACACGGGUACGGCUCCACAGUUCCAGCCAGCAACACGCGUACGGCUCCACAGUUCCAUCCAGCAUCACGGGUACGGCUCCACAGUUCCAUCCAGCAACACGCGUACGGCCCCACAGUUCCACCCAGCAACGCGGGUCCGGCCCCACAGCGUCUGGACGGGCAGAACGCAUGACGCUGGACCAGCCACAGAGGUGUAGACAGCCCCUUUCUGAAGGGCACCCGCACCUGCCACACUCAGGGCCUCCUGGCGAGAGUCAUCUCCUGCGUAGACUACGAUACACAGACCACCUUGCUGCCCUGGCCACACUGACUGGCCCAAAGGUGACCCAGAAGAAAGCCUGGAAUAAGAGGUCUGCUCACAGGAAUAAGAGGUCUGCUCACAGGAGUUCUCAGUACAGUGAUGGACAGGACUGUUGGUGCUGCGUGUGGGCAAGGACCCGCACAGCAGAGAAGCGUGGAGAGGUGGUGGGCGGGGUCCACGCAUGCAUGGGUAGCAGGGGCAGAAACACGACGCAGAAGGAAGACAGCUCUGCUGUGUACGCUUGUGCAUCCCCGGGACGGAGGACCCUCACUGGCUCCCAGGCAGGCGUGUAA